CUCGAACGGUCACUGUGCCACAAGAAAUUUAUUAUUAUAACGUAUACGUCGCUCUCGCUUAAAAAAUUCGAGGUAACGAUCGGUUUCGAGGAAUAUUUGUGCAGCUGCUCAUCAUUAAAGUGCAUUUACUAGCCUAACACAAUGAGUAAACCGAGCAGUGCUCCACCGCAGUUCACCUAUGUUCCGCCCCCAUCAGCUCCGCCCUCUUACCAGGAGGCUGUGGGCGGGGUGAAGCCCGUGGGUCCUUAUACACCCGUUGUGGCCCCAGCAACCACCGCGAAUACAACAAUUGUGACCACUGUGGUGCCCAUCAGCCGCACAUCGACGCACAUGAUCUGUCCAUCGUGCCACGCCGAGAUCGAGACGACCACGCGCACCGAGCCUGGAAUGAUUGCCUACUUGUCCGGAUUUUUGAUUGCCCUAUUUGGAUGUUGGCUGGGAUGUUGCCUAAUACCUUGCUGCAUCGACGACUGCAUGGAUGUCCACCACUCGUGCCCCAAUUGCCGGGCGUAUUUGGGUCGCUUCCGCCGAUAGGAUCGCAUCAUUUAGAAUCCCCUGCGGUUCCGUGGUGUAGUUAUACUUUAAGCAAGCGUUUUUGCCUUUAUUUAUUUAAUUGUAGUAAUGUCAUUUGGAUUCCACAGCGAAGGCAGAUAGAACGAGCCAUGGCUUCCCUUAAUCUAAAAUCUAACUUGCUAAAUUGUUCCGCCGUUUCCAUAUUUUGGUUUGACCACAUUUCUUAACUGUUACGUGUAUGUUUCUGCCACGCUAAAGAUAGUAAUACGUGUACAUUAAACGAUCCAGCGCUUUGCGGACAGGACAACUACUACGAGAAUUAAAUAAUAAAUUCGCUUUUCUAUGUAUUCAUAUAUGCGAGCCGCCUGAUCACGAGCACUUUGAAGUCGCUUGUUUGUCCAUAUUAUGAUAAGCAGGCCUUUAAAUAUUUGCACAAAUUGUAAAUCGAUUCAAGAUCGCACAUUGUUUCGUAAAUAAAUGGCUUAUUUAGAAUGCAGUCAAAAAGACAAAAUACAAGAUAUUUUUGUAACCAUUUGUAAAAGUCUUCUGCGAAAAUGCAUAUUGUAAGCUAUGAAAAUGAAAGCUAAUCUCUGUAAUUAUUAAUAACCAAAUCUAUAUAAUUGACUUUUAUUUUUAAAUAAAACGAAAAUUGUCACUUAA